GUACACACGCGCGCGCGCACACACACACAGACAAAACACACAUCGACACCGACGCAGCGGGACUGAGUGGUGCUGUGAGCCCGGAGAGGAGGACUGAUGUCCGUUGGACGAUGGGACGUCCUGCGUUUCUGAUCCAAUUCUUGUAACUGAAGGACAGUGAGGCGUCUCUGCGCGGUCGACCAAUCACACGCUCUCAAGGUUGCUGUCACAGUGACAGGUCAGAGGUCAGAGGUCAUCAUGCAGACGAUAAAGUGCGUGGUUGUGGGCGACGGCGCUGUCGGAAAAACCUGUCUCCUCAUCUCCUACACGACAGGAGCUUUUCCUAAAGAAUAUAUACCCACUGUGUUUGAUAACUACAGCAGCCAGGUGACGGUGGACGGUCGGAUCAUCAGUCUGAAUCUGUGGGACACGGCUGGUCAGGAGGAAUACGACCGACUGAGGACGCUCUCGUACCCGCAGACCAACGUCUUCAUCGUCUGCUUCUCCAUCUCUAGCCCCGCCUCCUAUGAGAACAUCAAACACAAGUGGCACCCAGAGGUGUCUCACCACUGUCCCGGCGUUCCUAUCCUCCUGGUCGGCACAAAGAGUGACCUCCGGAACGACGUGGAGACUCAGAGGAAGCUGAAGGAGCAGAACCAGACGCCCGUAACUCACCAGCAGGGUGCCGCCCUCGCCCGUCAGAUCCAGGCCGCCCGCUACCUGGAGUGUUCGGCUCUGAACCAGGACGGCAUCAAGGACGUGUUUGCCGAGGCCGUGCGGGCGUUUCUCAACCCGCAGCCCGUCGUCACCAAGAGGCCCUGCGUCCUGCUGUAGGACGGAGAGAAAUGUCUUCUUAAUAUUUUUAUCUCUGCUUAGAAUUUUAUGUUUUAAAUUGAAAAAAAGGCUUAUGUAGUUUUUGGCUCCGUGUUGGAAUCACAGGAGGUUUUUAAAACUACAAACACACAAAAUGAUUGAUAUUGUGCAGUCGCCUCAGUAAUCUUCAAGACCUAGUGGGGUGCGUUCCAAUUUUCACAAACAUCCGCAAUUCACACAACAGUGGCUAAUGUUUUAGCAUUUUAGCUAGGUCAGCUCACGAACCUUCAUGGAUUUAUUUAGAUUUUAUGACGGUAGAAUUGUCAAAGAAAUGUUCAAGGAGUGAGUUUUUCUGCUCCUUUUUUCCAAAUAAUUUUUAACUUUUCAUAUCUGACAGUUAUUCAACUGUUUAACAAUGACGGUACUGAGAAGCUGACGUCCUGAGGGCUUUCCGGGAUCCAUGAGGACGUCCCUGCCCCCCACAUUCAUAAUCUGGAGACUUUGCAUUUGUACGUUUAUCCUUUUUUCCGUGUAGCCUACGACACGCCGCCACACUGAGUCUGAACGUGAGGAAAACUAGCAUGAGCAGGCUACAACAAGCUAGCUCCACCCCCUCAGAGCACUGGAAGUUGUGUUUCUUUAUAUAGUAAUGUUAGUUUAAUGUUUUGUAGUAAAAGAUAUUUUCAUCGCUCACAGAAGGUAUAAAAGAAACAAACAGAAUGAAAAUCCACUAGCCGUCAAGCACACGGACCUAGAAGGAUCUACACUUACAAAAGCUCCGGUCAGUACGUGUGGAAAAGUCUUGUCAAAGACCUCGUCCAGCGACUGGGCGGUGCUGGGCAGGGUGGGCGGUGCUGAGUCUCCAUCACUCACUUUCAUGUCCAUGUAAACGUUGACUUGAUGAUUGAAUGUGUUGAUACGUUUAAGAGUUUAAAAAUGUUUCGUACAAUUA